UGCUGGUUCAGGUUCUUCUUCCCAUCCUAGAUUGCCAUAAUGUUUAUAUGAAUCUCUAUCAUCAUUGAUCCCCCCCCAAUCCAUCCUCCCUUGCAUGACGUCGCGAUCCUGAUCGAGUUAUCUCAACCGAGUCAUCUCGAUUAUUCUGCUCGAAAGACCCGACCAGGUCUAUCCAGACGAUGACUCGUCUUCUCGCAAAUGAGACUCCGGUCCCUGUACCGGUCGUGUCGCCCGGAAAGGCGUGGAACACCGACCGGUUGGCCAUGCGAUUCGGCGUCGAUGUCACCAGCGCCGCUAUCGCAGGAGCCUUGACGUGUCCAGUCAUCACGGUCAUCGAUCGGGCGAUCAUCGAAAAAGCAGCCAAAGGCGUCUCCAUCCGCCAGACCAUCACCUCCAACUUCGCAUCUAUCCUCUCCCGCCCCGGGGCCUUCUUCCUCAGCACCCCCUUCCUCCUCAUCUACACGCUAUACACCUCGACCUACCUCACCGCGAACGUCAUGGACACGGUCUCAUCCACCCUGCGCAACAAGUCCUUCUCCGCCGUCUUCCCCGACACCGCCAAGUUCCUGACCACCACCAUCGUGAACAUGAGCAUCUGCGUAUACAAGGACGCCCGGUUCGCGCGUCUCUUCGGCGCGUCCCCGACCCCAGCCGCAUCACCAUCCUCGCCGGCGUCCGCGCCCCUGCCGCGGUCAUCUCCGCCCGCAUCAUGCCACCCAGCCGGCACGGCAACCCAACACGUACCCCGGGUCUCGUACGGGCUGUUCUGCCUCCGCGACAGCAUCACCAUCUUCGCGUCCUUCAACAUCCCCCCGCUAAUCGCGCCCUCCAUACCGGACGCGGUAGCCGCCACGCCGGGAAUGAAGGCAGCCGUGGCGCAGUUCGCCUGUCCUGCGCUGAUGCAGUUCGCCAGUACGCCCAUGCAUCUCCUCGGUCUGGACCUGUACAACCGCCAGCCGCCGGGUGGGCUGGGGUGGCGCGAGAGAGCCUCGCGCAUCCGUCGCGACUACGUGGUGAGCUGUUUUGCGCGCAUGGGCAAGAUCGUGCCGGCUUAUGGGGUUGGUGGUGUGGCGAACGUGCGGCUGCGCGCGGUCAUGAUGGAGUCCUUGCAGGGGGAGAAAUCCCGUGCUAGUUAGGUGGUUAGACUUUUGAUCUGGUUGUAAUGUCAUAUAGAUACUCUCCGCUCAUAGAUGGUUGGUGUUACUGGUUGGGUGGCGUUAUGGUUGGUUUGGGUGUUUGCAUUGGUGUAUAUAGGUUGGGGUGAUAAUAUAUGC